UUCUCAGCUUGGAAGAGGCGUUGUCGUGUAUUCCGCCACCGAUAACAUAUUCUACGGACUGCGUUACCUCGAAGACCACUACUAAGGCUGUAGGUGACCCACCGGCAAGAAAAAUAAAUAAAUAAAGAUCGACAGGUUGUAGUGUGCAACUUUGGGGAGACUUUUUCGAGCAAGUGAACAGCUUUAAUUUCGACCAACAGCCGAUAUUCGAGAGGCCGAGAUUUAAUGAUAGAUUUGCUGUGGUCGAUGAAGAGGAUGUUCGUAAUGCCAUCAAUGUUAAUAUUUGUAUGAUAUUGAAUGAUCUUACAGGACCAGACUACGUAUAUUCAAGGAAAUCUACUGACACUCCCGGCAUACCAGAUUUCAACUGUCAUCUCGUGGGUUCAUUGAUCUUGGUGAUGGAAGCUAAAAGAAAACAUGUUUUAGAAGAUAUGGGGGAACAAACAUUUCCCGAAUUUUAUCAGACGAGUAAAGGCAAGGAUGUAGUUCAACAAAUCUAUAAUUAUAUGGGAGGAAACGAACUUAGAUAUGGUAUUCUCUCCACCUAUGAUAAUCACUGGUUUCUACUCCGAGAGCAUACAGAGCUCUGGAUCUCAAAAACCCUCCCACUUCAAUCUGAAACUCCACCUGUACUCAAGGCAUAUGCUUAUCUAACUCGACGGGCGAAAGAGAAUCCCAAGUCUCCUAAACCUCAAGUACUAGUGCCGGCUCAUGGAGACAAUAAUUCACGUAAUCUUCGGUCACAUUCGAAAUCGACUUCCAGCUCCUCAAUAGAUCAACAAUCAACUUCCGGCACUUUUGCAAAUCAACAAUCGUCUUCUAACAUCCCAGUAAACCAGCAAAAGUUUAGCUUCGCGGACUUCAAGUUUAAGGGCAUACUAGGUGAAGGACGAAGUGGUAAAACACUCCUUUGCGAGUUUCGUGGCGAUACGAUUGCUUUGAAGAGCGUAGACUUGUCGAAGGCUCCAUCGUAUGUUCUGAAAGAAAUGCAGAAGGAAGUAGAGAUUUACAAGGAACUCGCUGAUAUCCAAGGCAAGUAUAUCCCGAAGUUGGUCUGUUAUGGAUAUUAUGGAGGAGGUAUGAGCUUCGUUAUCGGCAUGACUAUUGUCGGCACUUCGUUGAGCGACCAAAAAAUAAAGAAACAGCAAAAGACAAGGGCUAUUAAGGGAUUAGAAGCGAACCACAAGCAUGGCAUCCUCCACAAUGACAUUCGGGAGGAAAACAUCUUAAUUAACGAUGACGGUGACGUCUAUCUGAUUGACUUCGGUAUGGCAAGUCGGGACACAAAAAAGAAGAGAAAGCUCGAGGAAGAACACCUCAAAUAUUCUAACUUGCUAGAUAGAUAUAAAGCCAGACAUAUCGUAAAGAACGCGGGGCGAAUCUCUAAGUCACGUAAAUGUGAGGUUGUUAGUUAGAUUGUAGAAUUAGGAUUUAGGAAUAGAAAUUUCGUCAUGUAUCGCAGGCUACGUCCCGAACUUUGUAUUUAUUUUUAAUAAUAAAUUUUUCUUGGCAAAA